AUGGCUCAAGUAGCUCAAUUAGGUAAAUUGCCUCGUCAAAUCCUUCUGGCAUUCCGAGUCCUUCCAUCCGACAGGAAGAACUCUUCCUUCCGACAGGAAAAAAUUUUCCUUCCGACAGGAAGAACUCUUCCAUCCGACAGGAAAAAAUUUUCCUUCCGACAGGAAAAAAUUUUCCUUCCGACAGGAAAAAAUUUUCCAGUUGUCCGUCCGUAA